AAAAAAAAAAUUGCAACGUACACUUGAAACAGGUUGAGAGAUAUAUACGGAAAUCAGAAAGUAUAGUUCGAUGGAGCUAAUUAGGGGUCUGUACCGUUUGGUAGUGACAGUGACGUGCUUGGUGUGUUUAGGGUUUAGCGGUGGGAUGUGUUCAGAAUUUGAUCCCUUGAUCAAGACUUACGUGUCAUCAUCACAUCAGUCGAAUGAGAACUUGGUCUCUUCCGGUGAUGAAGUACACAGUAUCACUUACUCGGAAUGGGAUUCACUUGUGAUCCAAUCGAAGCUCCCAGUAAUGGUUAUGUUCACAGCCCAGUGGUGCGGACCAUGUCGUGUGAUGAUCCCUAUACUGAACAGAAUGGACUCGCGUUACAAGAAUAAGUUCAAAUUCUACACAGUCAACUUUGACGAUGAGACAAGGAUCGCAGCACGUUUUGACAUCAAAUAUCUCCCGACCACUCUUGUCUUUAAAGGCGGAGACCAAAUGGCUAAAUUCACCGGAGCUAAUCCAAUGAUGUUAGAGAAACUCGUCAGGGAGUUCAUGUGAUUUCCCUUGUCAAACCUUUGGCUCGUCCGUUUCUCUUAUAUUUGUUGCUUCCUUUGUUAAACCUUUGGUUUACUAUGGUGCUGAGUGUUGUUUGUUUGUCUCCUUUCUUACUCAAAAUAAUUGUUCUCGAACAGUUUAACUAUGUUUAUCUCCUUUAAUUAUUACCCUUGAACAUGGGUAGACUA